AUGGCUCUGGAUUUAUGUUCUAGCGAGCCUUAUUUGGACUCGCAUAUAUCUAGGAAACGGAGAAGAUGCCAAACCGAGGAAUCAGAAUCGUCAAUAGACGAUGAUCAACGUGGCGUUCGUCAGCUACUUGCGGAGGAGUUUGACUUAGAGAUCUCCCUAAGGCAGAGGCUAGCUGCUACUAUUGAGUCACGCAUUACAUGGGCUCUCCUAUUGCAGGAUUCGCUAGAGAAGGAUUUACCUGAUUGCGCUACCAGCAGUCACUUCCAAGAUGUCGCUCUCGAGGCCAUGGACGCUAUCGACACACACUCCAAUUUUCUUUUCGAGCGGGAGCUGCCUUUCGCUGCUCUAGAACCUUGGGUUCGCUCCUUCUCCCCGAAAGUUGCCGCACCUCCUCAACCGCAACAGCCCUCGAGAACGCUCAAACCUCGUGGUGCUGUUCGAUCUCAUCGCGGUAACACCAAGCUGCUUUUUGUGCGGAAUGCGACGAUCGACCCUCCGGUUGUCGCCAAAAUGGGUCUGUUGAACCAUUGUCGACUGCGGCAUAAACGAGAUUUCGGAAGCCACGAUGAAUGUAUGCAAAAAUGUGCUGUUCUGGUACCAGCAGAAGAUCAAGAUUGGGUACUCGCUCAAGGGACUGAACUUGGUGGCGUCAGUCAACCGAGUUUGAGAAGAUUGUUUGAAAUCGCUGUAGGCGCUGACAUGGAUAUAGUGGAUAUAGUCCCUGAGCAACGUGACCUUUUGGAAACUGAGCAAACUUCCACACCGCAGAGUCGCGACCCUGCACCCAGUACUCACUUAUCAAGAACUCUUGGUCACCAUAUUGAUACGCCAGCCUUGGCACCUUUCCUUGGAAGAGCGCCAAAAAGACGCUGCAUCAAUGUUUACGACGACGAAACAGUAGAUAUAACCUCGUUGGAUAAAGAUUCUGAAGAUUCUGGUACCGUUCCUUGGCGUAUGUCCUAUUCACAUCGAAACAAUGCUCGCCAAGAGUUGGAUACAGUCGUAGACCUACCAUGCCCUCAACCUCAAUCUCAACACCAGCCCCAGCCCCAGCCUUCACCUCCGCCACAACCUAAACCUCAGUCUAUUAGCCUUGUAAACACCCCUACGGAUGCAAAGCUGCCUCCCAUACCUGUUCACUCUAAUACGAAUCCAGGCACUCGAUUCCAUAUUACGGCCCGCGUCAUUAUCACGGAUUAUAGCCUUUGGCUACGUACCAAUCGUGCUAAUGUGGCACAAGAUAUAUCGCAUCGUUGGAUGCUGGGUGUAUCCUCUCCAUCCUAUAGUCUGCAUAUAACUGCAUUUCUAUGUCAAAUGACUGUCACUUGCUUAUCUCAACCUCCACCGUCGUCAUUGGCGGUUCCUAUCGUUGUCACUGAACCCCCUUUUGCUGUCAUGGGUACAUCCGACAGGCCAUUUUUGGCUCGUCUUACGCUCGUGUGGGUGGGGAAGCAAAAUGCUUCUAUGGAGGUGGAGCAUUGGGUAGAACUUGACCCAUUUAAGUCGACGAGUGCUGUGUUGGGCGAGGAGCAAGUCCUUGAUAUAGAACUUGAUCGACAUACCCAGCUAUUGCCGGUGCGCACAGACUUAAAAUUACCGACUUUACAGAGAGAAAGUACGAAAAGGGAAGCUACGCCUCCGAAUGCUUCCUCAUCCAAAGCGGAUGAUACUGCGAAAGGAUAUGCUGCUGUCUUAAAAUCCCUUCUUCCCCGCGUUCCCAUGACAAUGAAAGGUGGGUUCUUCCCAAGCGUGCCGCUGACUUUCUCACUCGCGUGAGUAAUAGAUGUGAAAGGGCGGCCUCCCUCUCAACUACCUUACAAAUUAACAUCCAGCCCCUCACACUUCUCUACGCUUGUCCCAGGACGGCGCAAAGCCAUUGAGUGGGGGCGCGCAAGAGCGCUACAUAGCUUGUAUGACAAACAAAUCGGGUUAUUCCCAUCGGGAGGUGCUGUUUCUCUAACGACCGGUGACGUAUAUUGCUGGUUGGAAGACGAAGGUUACUUCAUUCGCCCAGCUGCAAUUGUUCCCCAAAAUCCGACCGUCGCUCGCGUUAUCAAGAAGUCAACAGUCAAUAGCGCUCAGUCUGCCCAAAGCGAAAUAUGUUCCCUCUGCGGUAUCAAGUGUCGGCUUCACCCAUCAUAUGCAGUCAAAAAUGAAUCAUCUGGUCAAGCAUUUGUCUGCGAUAUUGUUCAAGAUUGUGCAACUCAGCCACCUUUUCUUAAUCUCAAAGGUGUUUUCGGAAGCGCCUUGGAUUAUGCACUGCGCCCUCCAGUGCCUACCUCAUCCGCCCCAACCAUUCCAGAAGAACUUCAUCACUCAGCUCGGUCAAAACUAAGUAGGUAUUCCUCACGCGAUAUUAUAUCGCUUGUGCCUCCUUCUCUCAUUACGGCGGUAUGCGGCAUUGCGAACAUGACGCAUACGGUACCAUUCGCUCCCCAUGGUAAUCGGAGAAGCCUAGACCAAACAACCCUUUCCUCGGAGUCCAGAAAAUCCACGGAGGACCGAAUGGCGCCUUAUGCUCUUGUUUCAGCUGCACUCAAGAGUUUCGUCGCCGUUCUUGUCCACAGAGGUCUGGAUACCGCCAGGUGGGACAUGACCAGGGCUUUGCUAGAGGGACGGAGAAAAACCAAGUCUUGCAUAUUGACACCUUCCCAUAUUAUUCGCGGAAUUCGCAGUGGUCUGAUGACAGAUACCGCACAGACUUCAACUGCGCUGUGCCUGACGCGUUUGGCGGUUCCGAGUGUAUUUGGCAGGGACUUUCCUGAAGACGUACAAGAAGAUGAAGGCAAAAGUCUCAGGCUCGACGAGGUACUCGUCAAAAUUGAAAAUGAUUAUUGAGGUUCUUCUUGGCCCUUCACAACAUACCAGGUCUGUGAGUCAGCGCUAGUCACCUAUGUUACUUGCCGCGUGCCCUUCGUAACAUUAUUAAUCUGUGUUGAACACCGAGACUUACGUUGUAAGUUUGGG